UUCGAAUACUGGUGUCACUUAAACUUCAGUGUUGGGUCUCUAUUUAUGAAAUGUUUCUAACUUUGUGAUGUCAAUUAACUAAAUUAUCCAAAUUUUAAAAGUGCUUGCUAACGAAGUGACGUACUUCUUUUCUAAUUUGUUUUGGUCAAUAACCAAGCUGUCGCUAACCACUCUCUCAAGAGCGCGAUGACUGAAAUUUUUCACUAUCCAGAAGAAAAGGUUUUCAAGGCAUUUGUAUGGUCGAAGACAUUUGUUUUCCAUGUAAUCACCGUGGUCUUUCUCUUCCUUGCACCAAUUAUAAUCCUUUGUAACCUGAAAUGUGAGAAGUUUGAUAAAUAUUUCCGAACCUUGUUGUGUAGAUAUUUGGAUAGAUUUCAAAUAUAUUCCUGUCAAUAUGGGUCCAUGUUUCCCUGAAAUAAGUCAGUCAUUUGUUUGGAUUUAUACUGCUGAUGAUCAAAAUCAAAUCAACUCUAAUUUCUGGUCUGGAAUGGAUGUAACUUGGAACACUUUUGGAAAUGAAUUUAUUAGUAUUGAAGACCACUUCCUAUCUGGAUCAAUAAACUACUUCAGCUAUGAAGAUCCUGUUCCAUGGCCAUCAAAAGAUGUCGGGAAACUAGACUAUAAGGCAACUGAGAUUUCGAUCGAUAUAUUUAAUGUUACCAGUCUCAAAAUAAUCGGCAAGCGUCUUUUUAUCCCGAUAACUUGUGGUUUACGACAAAACAAUAAUGACUUCUCACUGAACGUGACUGGAUUAAUAUGGAGUGAAUUCAUUUCCCAAACGUCAAUGACUGAUUUGUUUAUUCAAAGUGAAUUAACUAUAAAGCAAACACAAUCGAUUAAAUUGCACGGAAUGGAUCCAAUAGAAAAGAAGUACUACAUGAGACCUGUAAUGAAUAUGAAUACUGUACGUUAUAAUUCAAUAAUUUCAAACAUAAACAAUGCAAUGUAUGAUAUGAUAGAUAGAAAUUUGACCCUUCAUCUCGGAAAAACACAAUAUUAUAUGUCAACUAGCGAAACAGACGCCCAACCAUCAGAAUCAUUUCAUAUUACAUUGGUAAUAAAUCUUCCAGAGCAAGAACUAUUAUUUGAAACACCAUUUGUUCAUAGAUUAAAAUGGGCAUAUAUCUUUUACAUUGGUAUAUGGAUUAUAUUUUAUUGGCCAAUUCAAUGGUUACAACGUUGGGUAUUUGAAAAACGUCGAUUGAUGAUCUGUGAUAAUUUCGUUGAAUUUAAACAACCGUCAGAGAAUGUCUACUUAAGUCAAUUGAAGAAUCAAUGGUGAUGAUGAAUCGACAACUUUCUAUGAUACAAGUUCCCAAUUUGAAUAGAAGUGCACACUAUGUUCUAUCCAUCUCAAACUCAUUGAAAUACAUUAAUCAUAUAAAAUAGAAUAUACAAUAUCUGAAGAAUAUGGCCACAUUGCUCUUAGUAUGUGUACAUAAAUGUAUAUUUAUCUAUAGCAUCUUUAUAAAGAAAAAUAUUUGACGAAUUGACUUUGUUUUAUAUAUUCACGGUAACCUGUCACUCAAGUGCAAAUUGGAAACUGACACAUAUGUGCACCAAUUCAAGUUGUCAUAUCACACCGGUACAUCAGUACAACAAUACAUACUCACUUAUUACUUGGUGAAAUAAUGUAUGACUUCAAUGGAGUUUUCUUCUCUGGGCUGGACGGUUUGGUCGUGGAGCUCUCAUCGUUCUUCUAAACGACAUCAUCAGCACAAACUUCAGAUAGAAGGGAAGUGUCCGAAUUUCUCCAUAUGCGUUUCACAGCUUGUUCUGUACACCUCGACGUUGACUGUUUCGAACACUUCAC